GGUCACGGGUAUUGUCUCACUGCACACUGUUGCUUUGGCACUAUAUAAGACGAGCUCGGAACUUUUCCACCAAGAACAACUGCGAUCAUGGCGAAAAUCAGUCCGUGUUUCAAGUGGACCUUCGUCUUCUUUAACACUCUUUUUGCAAUCUUUGGGAUUGUUAUUUUCGUCUUGGGUCUGGUCCUGCAGAAAUACGUCGAGGAGGUGAAUGGCUUGUAUGCAGCAAUCACCUUGUAUGUGAUCGGUUCUGUCAUUUUCAUCUUCGCUGUCUUGGGGGCUUAUGGCGCACACAAAGAGAGCAAGUGCGCUCUGAUUGUGUUUUUCAUCCUGAUGUGUUUGGCGACUGCUGGCAUGUUGCGUAUCGCCAUUCCAGUAGCAGUCUCACGCGUGCAGAUCAUCGCAACUGUCAGCGAAUACUUUAACACUGAAUUACCUUUGACUAAAGACAAGGAGCAGGCACUCAACCCCCUUCAAGCAUAUUUCCACUGCUGUGGACUGCGUAAUGGCUACAAGGACUGGAAAGAUGAAGUUCCUGAAUCAUGUAACUGCGUGAAUGCAGAUGAGCAGCAUGACACGUGUGAGAGGAUAAACUCAAACUAUUUAUUACAGAACAUUUAUAUGAACCGUGGAUUGGAAGGCCGAAGGGUCUGGUCACAGCCAUGUGGACCUGUGAUUGUUAAAUAUUUGGACAAAAUACUGACCAUCAUGAUGAGUGUGUUUUUCUGCCUGGCAGCUCUGGCUAUUCUGGGAGGUCUGAUGUCUCUUUCGAUGAUCAUCCGUAUCAGCGCUCCUGCCCAAGCUCAGCUGCCAUCUCUCUCUCUUUCAUACCAGCCACCAAAAUACUCAGAGGUGGUUAAUUAUUAACCAAGCAAUUGAACAGCUUCAGUCUGGAAUAAGCAGGGUUUAAGGGUUUAACUGUUGCGCUUCGUCCCAUACACACAUCCGCAUUCUUCUGCUUCCACAUUCCUUCACUCUUUGUUAAAGUGGAGUAAAUAGAUAAUACUGGCCACAUUUUAUAUUUCCUUUUCAUAUUUUUGUCAGCAUUUCUUACUUUGUAGGGCAGUGUGUCCACAAAACUGGAGUAAAAAAAACUGCUUUAUGUUACAUUUGAAAAGGCUUUAAAAGUUAUAUAUAUAUUUUAUAUUAUAUAUCUAAGUUUUUUAGUGUGUUGGAAUUUAGAAUGUGUACUACUUUCCUGUCUUUGACCGACCUUCAGAUAUUCUCACUAUACACAAUUUGAUAUAUUUUGUAGUCUUUUCUAUGUCUUAGCUUACACUAAGAUAAAUCCUGGUCACUUGGUGCCUAUAGACUGAUCAUACCUGAGUGAUGAAACUUUAUUAUAUAGCCAUAAGAUUGAUCUCUCAUCACUGAGUCUAACUAAUGGUAAAAUUAUCAAGAAAAUUAUGGAUUCAUUGUGUGCCCUUUGCUAGAAGCACAAGAGUGUAAGAAUCCACUAUUUUUUGCUAUAUAUUGUAUCAUAUAUUGGCUAUAGUGAUUUUUCUUUCUAUUUUUUAAACACACGUUAAAAACAUUUAUUUUCUCAGUGUAUCAGAUCCAGUGUACCUCACCCUGUGUGUGUGUGUAAGAGGUCAGAAUACUUUUCUAAACCUCUCUAUAAUCUGGAAACAGUUUGGUUAUAAAAUAAAGUUUAACAUUUCAUGUCUUAGGCACAUUACAUUUUUAUAUAAAUGUUCUUACUUACAUGCCUAUUUUAUGCCUACUCUAUUAGUGUGUUAAUGUUAUUUUACAGACUUUGUAUUUUAUUAAAUAAUGUGCCAUAUUAAGAAAUAGACUAUGUUUCUGAUAAAAACGUCAUCAAGGAAGUUCUCCAAGAUGCCUGAAGCCACGUACUGUUUUUUUAAAAAAAUUACACCAAGGUGCACUGAGUUAAAUAUGAAAAUAGAUUAUUUGAUUUAAUGUUUUAUUGGUUUAUGUACUGUUUGAUAUUCAAUAUAGUAAUUAUUUUCAUAUUUUCAUUAUUUUUUCAUUUCUUCAUUACAGAAUACAGAAAAUAAAUGUGCACAGUAGGCCUACUUUGUAUGUGUAUAGACCAAAAAAAAUUCAAUAAAUUAAUUAAUUAAUAUAAAAA